UGCAUGCACGUGACAUCCGAGGAGGGUGAGUUUUUCUUCAAACGCACGGCCCCGAUUGUCGGCACUCCCAAACACGGCCGCCUGGUGGAUAUCCUGACCAUGUCACCGGCAAUGGAAGUGUGUGGGGUGUACUUCGUUACCGAUCCGGACAAGCUGGUGGAAGUCACGGUGAAGCGAAUGGAUGUCAACUGCGACACGGGUGGGCUGAUGUCCUUUGUCGACGGUUGGGAGCUGAACGGGAUGUACUUUCCCACCGAAUAUGAUCACCCGAAGAGCAUGGAGAAGCGCAUCAGCGAGUUCUGCAAUGACCCCAAGAUGUGGCCGUACAGUCCGGUGCGGAAGGCUUUCCGGUCGAGCCAGAACGCAGCGCUGGUGCAGUAUCGAAUACCGAUCAGUGGCUCGUUUACGUUGUCGGUGCGGUAUUUGAACAAUCCGGACCCUUGCAAUAUAAUGGCGGAAGGAGUAGCACCUUUCUACACUAUCCGGAACCGUGGACUUCACCGAAAUUGCUCAGUAACAGCAGUUUUUCCAGCAGUCAUGUCGGUUGUUGGCGUGGAUGUUGGCGGACGAAAAGACGGUGUAAACUAUGAUUGCGACCGACCGGACUCCGUGGAUAGAUUGGAAAUCGGAGGCUCGGCCGGGCUUGAUUCAUCGAGCAUGGACAAAUCGAGCACGAUCUGCGGCAAAAGCAUGGAACCGGGACCGGAGCAGGGCAUUUUUUGCGGUACCAGCACGGCACGAUUAAUUUCCAGCGGAAGGCACGCCAACCAGGCUCUGAUCGCAGUCCGGGUGGCCGAGGAAAACGAUAUCACUCUGGCGACGGUGCUGUGUGACAUGAGACGGAAGAAGAAGAAAUGAGUCGUUUCGGCGUCAAUAAGAUCACCAUCCAUGACAUAUUUGUAAAAUAUUUAAAGUUGUAGAUUACAUAUUUUCAUUUUUAUUUGUUUAUCCU